CCUCUGCUUUGGGUAGCCGGUGUUGUAGUAAAUGGCUGAAAAGAUACGUUUGGCCACAAAAAUGCACAUAACCCAACGAGAAACAGACCGGGAAAGUGUCCACGUUUCUUGGAGUUAAUGCGGUUUAUAGCUGAACUGCUAUCAGUGUUAAGAACCAAUGUUAACAAGAUUUAAUGGUGGUAAAACUGUCGCUAGCGGUUUUCUAGCUGUUGUUCGGUUAUGAAUAGGCAAUUCGUCAGAAAUGGAGAAGUACUCUUUAUAUGACGAGCACACCGAUGCUACCAAACAGCAGGAGAGGCACUAUUAUCUUCUGUCUGAACUGCAAACUCUGGUCAAAGACUUGCCGAGUUCAUUUCAGCAGCGCUUGUCAUACACUACGCUGAGUGAUCUGGCCCAGGCUCUUAUAGAUGGGACUGUGUAUGAGAUCGUUCAGGGCCUGCUGGACAUUCAGCACUUAACUGAGAAGAACCUGUACAACCAAAGGCAGAAGUUACACAGUGAGCACAGAGUACUCAAACAAGACAUGAUGCGGAAACACAAACUGGCCAUACAGAACUGCAAAUCUCAUAACUUGGCAGUGCUAAAAACAAACCAAAGAGCAGAAACUGAGGCUCUGGAGCAGCGUAUAAAAGAUGAGCAGCGAAUGAUGGAUGAGAAGAUCAUAGCUGAGAUGGACCAGAAGGUCCUGGACCAACAGAACACACUUGAGAAAGCAGGAGUGCCUGGCUUCUACAUCACCACCAAUCCACAAGAAGUGACAAUGCAGAUGAACCUACUUGAGUUGAUUUUGAAGCUACAGCAGAAGGAGUCUCAGUCUGGAUCGCUGCCUUGAAUAACAUUGUUUGAUUGGAUGGAGUUUGUUCAUGCUCAGGCCGGCAUGUCUCUUGGCUGAGUGUUAUAUAAUGAGCUACUGACGUUUUGGAGAGAAUUUCCCCUGUAUUCACAGAAACAUACAUAUGCAGAUGGACUGGACUGACUGCAGUUUCCCUCCAGUGUACUAGGUCUUUUCCAUACUGGUGUCAGUUCAGUUUAGUAGCAAUAUAGCAGUGCCAGUGGGUACACUGACGGAGAAUGAUGAAUUCUCUUUUCUCAGGCUGCUGUGUACAAAUCUCUUACAUGGUGAGAGCGUAGAGAGCGGACUUUGUAAAACUCUUUUCUUGAGGACUCGUUGCUGCCGAGCAGAUCUUGGACUCAUCCUGUAAUACUGUCUGUAAAAUAUACCUCUACACUCCUAGGAUCACU